AUGUCAGCUUUAGAAGUUCCUAGCUACAACUCCUCAAGGGUUCAGAGAGCAUACAGAAUCAAUAACAUAGAAACUACAAAACUGCAUGGACGUCUUAAUCUUUUGGAUAAAGAAAAAAAACGACAGAUUCAGGUGACAAACCAGGAUAUUCGACUAAUAUCGGUUACUUUGGAUUACAUCAAUUCGUGCAGUGGGCAAAGUCCAGAAGGACUGGGUCCAGACUCCGAGGAAGAAUAUGAAAAGCCGGAAGGUGCGCCAUGUUUUUUGUAUGGAGAAAGAAUUGUGAGCCGAAAAAGACGACGAUUUCAACGUCCGCAAUCAGCUACCGAGAGAUCACGUGUCAAACCACUGGAUUUGUCUGAUCUUAGUGACAAAUCAAGUGAAGUGUCAUCAGCAACACGCCCACAAAGUAGUCCCGCAAAAUCGCGCACGUUUAUAACGUCAUUAAGAGGAGACGGUGAUUUCGAUGACGUGUCAAGUAUACCUGUUGACAACGACACUGAGUCCACUCUAUCGUAUAGCCGUGCAUCGACCCCAAGAUCAAAUCACUCAUGGAUGACAGAAACUUCCGAUAUAACUAAAAAAUUGCUUCGUGCUAAUAUAAAUGCAGAAAGACAUCCCAUGGCAAGGAGAGAGAGCAUGCGUCAACGUGAGAUAGGUCAAUUUAACAGUCAAAACGUAUUCGAUAAGAAAGCUAUUGCUCGGAAAAUGUAUUCAAUGCGUAAGAAACCAUCAAGAGACCCUAAUGAUAAGACUGCUCCUGUUUUCGCAAACACUGCAUUGAACAGAAAUGCCGGAAUUAUGGACAUUCUUAAUCAACGACGACCAACUCUUUCAGCGAAUGAAUGGAAGUCUCAUCUUUCUCAAUCAAGGAGUCCUAUGACGAUUGCAGAUCAAAGAAAACAUGUGAUGGACAUAAAGAUGGGUAUUAACGAAGAUAGAAAAGAAAGAAUAAACAAUAGAGUGAAAACGUUUAUGAGUGAGUCGUAA